UAUGUCUAACCCGAUGCUCGCUGUGACAAACCGAGUACUAAGGGAAAGAUACAGCAUAGUAUUAUUACAUAGUAGUUAAGUCAUCCGACAGAUGAAUUGGGUCAUACUCAUGUGUGGCGUUAAUCCAAUCGCGCUCUGCGUUGUGGCCGCUGUUCGACUUUAAGAGCGCUCAGUGGGCGGUCCUUGUGCGCAGACCAAUGAAUCGCCUUCUCUGUUUAAAUAGUCCUUGAUGUCAACUCUUUACUCCACUCAUUGCUCCCCCCAACGCCAUGUUGGUCGUCAUGACUUGACUCGUUGUUUUCAUCAGCGUUACUACGGACUUGACAGGAGUGGCUUUCUUAAACGCCCGUGCGCCCUUGGAGACGCUGUAUUCCUUUUUUUUUUUUUUUUUUUUUGCGCUGUCGCGUUUUUGGAUGAUACGCGCGGAGUAUGCACGCAUCAUCCCCGUGACUCGGCGUUUUAAAGGAGUACUACUUGGAAAUAGAACUUUAAAAGCGGGUGCGAGGGUGGGCGGGCGGAGGAGGGGGAGAGGGCUCGCUUGUUUGUUUGCUUGCGCGUGUGUUUGUCCCUCGUCCUAUGUGCAACAAAAUGUCAGAAGUUCGCCUUUCCAACGCGAGCCCGACGCUGGAGAGGGUCGAUGCGCGUCAGCCGGACGCCGCCAGACCGUCGGUCUGCAGGAACCUCUUCGGCAGUCCCGACCCGGAGGAGAUACGGCGUGAUGGGGCGGCUUCCAUACAGGAAAAUGUGCAGUGGUUCAAGAACACGUACAACUUCGACCCAGUCGCCGAAAGGCCGCUUUCUCCGCGCAUUUACGACUGGCAGGAGGACCCCGAUCCGCCGGAGUUUUACACCAGGGAGCCGCGCCGCAGGAUCCAGCGGAGCCCACGGGGGGACGUCCACGACGACCGACGGGAUGCCGAGGGGAGCAGCAGCGGGCGGCGGGUGGCUCCACGGGACCGAGGCGGCUCGAGGAAAAGGAGUUCGGGAGCUUCAGGAUCCUGCUCCAGCGAGUCCAUGCGUAAAAAGUCAAAAGACGACAACGACGACGACGACGAGGAAGAGCGCGGCGCAGCAGCUCAGGCGCUUGAAGCCGCGGAAGAGAGACCCAGCGGGCCAGAGGAGAGCGUGCAGUGAAGAAAAAAAAAACGGUGCUAGGUUCGAAAUCUCCCAUCUCCCUGCUCCACUGUUAUGAAGACAUUUUGAAUGGAUCAUGAAACGCACGUUUCCAAUGUGUGAAAUACUAACGAUCGGCUGUUGUCAUGGACGCCAAGUAGACUUUUGUGUUGUCGUGUAUCCUCCGCAACACAAUCGUCCCGCACACGCCACUUACACGUCAUCAGCCCUUUAAACUUGUAUUUUGUUUCCUUUUUUUUUUUUUUCUUCCCUUUUUAAAAAAAAAAAAAAAAUCCUCCACAACCCCCUCGUGCUAUGACUGUUUCCCCCUCGGUGCGCGUGUCUGUAUGAGACUUAUUGAGCAUGAGCAACCGCUUUUUCAAUUGCACCAUUCAGCAGCCCGUUUCCUCCAUGUCCCACAGUGCGUGGAGGCAGGUCGCUGGUGGAAUACUGUAGUCCUUUUCUCAUCGUCUGACAGAUGGGAGAGGAGGUAGAAAAGCAGUCUUUGCCCAAUAGAAGGGAGGAGGGGAGGCUGCAUAAGCACUGAAUAUGUACACUAUCAAGUUUUGGCACUCAGUUUUAAUCAAAUUGCCUCAGAAGCAGCAAACGAUGUAGCAGUGCGCAAAUGGGUUUUUGCUCAUUUUUUCUUUUUUUUAUCUACUACCUAUGUUUCAGAUGUAGCACAUAAAAAAAAAAGCAAAUUAUGCUUUUCAGACUUUUGUUAAAUGUAUUUGGAUAAGUGUGAAUUUGACUCGGGAGGUUGCAGUGCAAUUUCCAACAGAGAAAUAUUAUUUUUGUGGUCAUAUUGUAUCAUUCAUUCAGGUAAUUGAUGUAAGUUAAAAAUGCAGAAGUCAGGGUCAUGUGGAAACAAAAUGUCUUCACUUUUUCGAUGGCUUUAUUUGUCCCAGUGUUCUAUUUCUUCUUUUUUUUUUUUUUGAAGGCUCAGAUGGACACACUUUAAGUCAAGGCUCCAUCUAACUGGGAAAAGCCAUGAAAGAUAAAGUUUACAUGCAACUAUGGUCCCCUUCCCUUAACAUUUUUAUUUAGCAAUUUUUUUUUACCAAAGUUUGUGCCUUAUGUUCGGGGGUUGGGGAGAGGGAGGGAGGGAGGGAUGGGUGGGUGGCAAAAUGCUAUAUCCAACCAAAUCUUAACAUUUCCUAUGCCCUAAGAAUUUGCUUUUUAUUUUUGAAUUGGGUAAAUUCAUAUUUUGGUGGCCUUCGUGACUACACAAUCCGCCCCAGUGUGUAGCCCACUUCAACAUAGAUAAAAUAUGUUAAAAUCACUGUGCUACUUAUUAUGCAAAUAUAUGAAAUCAAAGAUUUGUGGUGUAGAAUUCAUGUUGAACAUGUAAUUGCACUAUUUUUUUUUAAUUACUCGUUUUGAAGGGCAGAAAACAAAGUGGAACUGCCUCAUAUGGUGUAAAAGUUUGAAGUGUACAUGUGUCCCUUUUUUUUUUUUUUUUUUUCAAAAA